AUGGACUCUGAUUCAGGCUUGGCUGAGGACUCUAGUCGGAAAAUUGAUCAGGAAGAGGAUGUAAGCAGACUUGAACCGUUUGUUCAUUUCCAAUGCUCCAUAUGUAAAUUGACCGAGAAGUGUUUUUUCGGUGAUCUCAAAGCAUCGGAUGGUUUUUAUCCUUCUCCCGUGUUCUACAUGAGAGACCCUUUCGUACCACCUUUACGUGUGAAGGGAAGAAAACCCGUACUCUCCGACUUCCUCGUACUUGGAUCAUCGUGUUCUCUAUGCAAUCAGUCUGUAUGUCUUGAUAAGACAUGCAGCCUGUACUUUGGAGCGUUGUUCUGCACUACAUGCAUUACUCGUGAGCGCAGAAGAUUCCCAGAAAUAUUGCUUCAAGUAAUCUUCUGCACCUUCAGAUCUUGCUAA